CUGCACUGCACUAGCACUGACCGCUGCCGGUGCCUGUGUGAUUUCGAUUGAAAAAUAGUGGGAGAAAACUGGUCGAACAGUAAAUAUUUUCCUGAUGAUACCAGACAAAUUAGAGAUGGACCAAAAAUUGGUGCGAGAGUGGUUGACAGAAUUUAAGGCACUACCUGGUUCUGGAAUGCCAGCUUUCGCUCGUCAAAUCAGCAGCAAUGUGGAACUCCUGAAGGCUCUUUUUCAUGUCCUGAAUUCAAGCUCAUCAGUGUAUCAAGAUUCUGUAUCAAGUCAGCUGUAUGAGUUUUACCGGUCUGGACACCUAGAAUUAAAGCGGUUCUGUAUACAGUUUGUACCCCUUCUAGUAUGGCAGUAUCUUCGUUCUAUCGCAAUGCAAGAGACAAUUGGAAGAAUAGAGAGUUUGCUUCUUGGUAUAUACAACCUGGAGGUUGUAGAAGCUGAUGGAACUCCCAGAGCAGAGACAUUCACCAUUCCAACAUUGGCAAGGCCAUCAAUAUUCCAUGAGCCGAUGAGUCCAUUGUCACUGUCUGAUAACAUUCUUCUCAGUCAUCAGAACGAUCAUACCGUGCUCACCAGAGGACCUCUUCCACAGAUCAGUACUGUCAACGGUCAGAACAGGGGUAGUAUCAUAUGUCAUGUACUGGCCCAGUAUAAUGCUGAUAUAGGCUUCCUCUCUUCACUCUCACUUCAGUCCAUGUGUGCAGUCUAUUCAAGACUUGCCCUGACUGGAUUUAGUAACAGCAUUCCAGGUCAUCCACCUUCCUCCACCUCAUCAUCAUCAUCAGGUCAAAGGUCAAAGAGCACUGACCUUCAUCUUAACCUUCACAACCAUCCCAGGAUACCCCUGACACCCAAUAUCCUCCUAGAGAUGAUGACGGGGGUCUAUUUUGCAAUGUUCAAUGGGCAUGCUACAGCAGCCACUCAAGCUCUUGAAGACAUCCACUUCAGGGCAAGCUACGAGCUCUAUCCAGAGGUCCUUCUGGUUACCAACGCCAUCAAGAACUCCCUGGAGACUAAUCCCUCGGGUCGUCCUAGCGAUGGACCCGUCGGUAUCAACAUUGCAGUCACUCCAGCAUCCCCUGUGGUUAAGAGAGCGGCUAUCACAAAUGCAUCCUUCAAAAAUAGGAGAAAUAAAGCUGAUACACCAACUACCACAACCAUUACAGUCAUGAUUGAAGGAGUGGAGAAGGGUGACAGGAGACUUCCAAGAAGUGCAGAGAAAAUCGUAGUCCGGAAAACAAAUUCUGAUCAUGUGACAGACGAUCAGCGGUCACCACGUAGCCAUGGAAACAAGGACUUUCGUGAAAACGGCACCGAGCCCGACGAGUCUCAUCCGUUGAUCAAACAAAGGACCAGUAGAAGCCUUGAGGCUCUGGAACUCAAGAACAUCUCAAACUUGACUCUUACGACAAAUGGCAAGAGCAUGGAGAGUUCAUCACACAGUGACACACAUUCUGCAAGGACUUCACCAUCGUCCAAGUUCACACCUUACAGUAGGUCACUGUCGAAGGAAAAUUUGCAUGGAUCGGAGGACAACCUGAUAAGUGGGGAGGUAUCUCCAACAGAGAAGACUGGACUUAUGGAUGGUUUACGGGUGAGAUACUCUGGAGUAAAUGGAGGACAGAAUUCUAAUAGCAACAGUAGUGGGGCAGGCAGCCGGAAUAGCACAAGUUAUGAGACGACACUAUGAUGAAGUACCUUUUAUUAGUUUGGGAUUUAAGAAAAUGAUUAAAUGAACGACAAUAUUUUUUUUUCUGUACAACACACAGAUUUGAAUUCUUGUUGGACUGUACUGGAGAGUUAUGUGAAGACUUCCUAUCAACGCUGUCAUUCCAAAGGAUAACACUGAGAUUGAAAUGGAAAAAUGUCAACUCAUGAAUGUAUCUUUUAGAAGAGAUUCAAUCUUGUUUAUCAUGAUUUUAAAUAAUGUUUAAUAUCACAAUAUAAGUAUUGAUGUAGGUCAACAUGACAGAAAUCUAGUAAAAACUGUGCAAAACACUAGCAUUACUUCAACUAACUCCAUGGAUAUUGUUUAAAUAAUCUUUGUCCACCAAAAUUUUUUUUAAAAAUACCAUUCAGAUAGAACAAGGGAUGGACCCUUCUGGUUCAAUACAUGGUCACAUUUCUGUCGGCUUCUGCAUGGCCUUAAUCCCAGGCAUGUGUACCAUGUCUGUGGGAAAAAACUGUUAUCCAGCGGCCUUGUGACUCAAAACUCCCAAACGUAGAUCCACCAGACUGACCUGAAGAAUGCAUUUUGUAGGUUUAUAUCUAGUAGUAUGUGACCAGCGACCCCAACACCAAUAAUAAGUUGCCAAAAUAAAUUUUCAGAUUUUUAUUAAAAUUUGAAGUUUGGGGUUCACUCAAGCAUGAGAUGUGCUCACAGUGCAACUUCCAAGCAGUUCUCAUAAGAACUUGUGUCAACGAAAGUCUUGUUAUCUUGUGUUAUAUUCAAUUUUUACAACUGGAAAUUUUGAAAGUAUGACAAAAGAGAAUAACAUUUUCAGAUUAGUUCAUUUACUUUUUCUUCUUUUGUGCCAUUUCUAGAGAGCCCUCGCCGGUGACUUAUUGUUUGUUUUGCAGUGGCUGGUCUCAUUUGUUGUCACUUGACUCUGAAAGUUUUGAUACUAUGUAGGUGUAGGAUAAAGACAGGUCAAAUCUGUUCAUGUGUGAACAGUCUUUCUACGUACAAUCAUUUUUUUUUUUUCAAUUUAUAAAGUGUUGCAAAGUGAGUGUCAUUGGCUCCCUGUUAAGGUUGCUGAUGCUUAACGUGUUUGUUUGGAGUCUGUUGCCAUUUGGACCAUGAAAAUCUAAUAACAGUGUGAAUACAUGUAGGUCCUCUGCCAUGGCUGUUUUACAGCAAUGCAUUUUUUUAACACUGGUGUGAAAAGGUGUGUGAUGGCAUUUCUGUGCUGUAGGCAGCAGUGUGAACAGACUCUCAAAGUCAUGUAUUUGUUUAUGUUGUUAAUCAUCCCAUUGCUUCCAAUAAGAUUUAUAUAUACAUGUACAUAUACACUAUAUACGCUGAUUUCCAAAGCAAUUAUUGUUAUCUUUCAAUCUUUCUAACCUGCACAGUCUAUCUGAAGGCAGAGAGACAGGUUGUAUGGUGCAGCGAUUCCGUCUCAGGGUGAAAUAGAAGUAGAUAUUGAUUGACAUUCUUUAGAGGAACUCUAUAUUAUGAACAAUUAUCAUACAUUUUAAUAGUACAGAGAGAGGAGCUUUUGUUACAUGCAGACCUCUUCAUGUAUGCUUUGUUAUGCUGCCAGGGGCUUGUUGCAUAAAACCAUGGACCUACUAGAGAUGGACACUUAUUGAAAAGUUUUCGAAUUCACUAGCAUAUGCUCUGAAUAACAUUCUCUUCAUUUUUUCUACUUUCAUCCUACCAUGUUCCGCUGUCAAUGAGGCCACAAGUUAAAAAAGGCAGUUGGUGAUUAGACCUUGAUAUUGCACAAUCUGUAUGCGCAGAAGAUAUCACUUAUGAAUCCUGGAAGAUUGAUGUGCAUUUCUGUUUUACCAUUGGCAAUCUUAGUUCCGUGUGUUUUAUUUGGGAAAAUGUACGUGUAUGCAUAUUUUAAGAUAGAGGCAAUAUUUUGAUUGUCUAUCAUGUAUAAUCCCAUUUUUCCAAUUUUCCUCCUAAUAUUCAAGAGAUAAUGGCUCUUAUCGUGUAGAGAGCAGUAUCUCUUAAUGUUUUUUAAGUCAUUAUGUGCAUGCGAAUUGAAUAAUAACAUAUUUUAUUCACAAAAUGGUUUGCUUCUUAAUUUUUCUGCUUCAAACCUAAAGCAUGUUGAUUGAAAAGCAUUUUCUAAUACAGGGCAUCAUCCAACAAAACCAAAACCAGGAAAGCUGUGCCUUUGUAAAUAAUCAGAUUACGCCUUGGUAUUCGCUAUUGACAAAUCACCUGUAUGUUCUCAUUAAGAUGCAUAUAACACUAGGCGGCAGAUCUUGUUCAAUCAAAGAAAUGAGUCGCGUUGAAUGUCCAUCUCUAGUAGGUCCAUGAUAAAACUUUUACUAAAAAAAAAUUGUGCAAAAAAAAUGUUUUUAUUACAUGCAUCAGGCCCCAGGAUAGUUUUAUUUUCAAAAUUGUGUUGCACUAUUCAAGCUCUGAGUAGGGUAUAAAUCAUUGACUGUGUAGGAGAUAUGCAUGGAUCCAUAUUUCAUUAGAACAGCCACAAAGAUUGGUUAAAAUCAUGAAUGUAGACUGCUUAAAUGCAAUUUCGUAUAGUAUUUCAUUACAUAUCUGUGGCUUGGUACAUGUACUUGGUGUUACCAGACAUUACAAGGAAAUUGAUUGAAAGAAGUAUCAUUUAAAUUAAGUUUCAUAUCACUUUGCAUGUUUCGCUUGACAUUACCUGUGAUAUACAUGUAGGUACUAUGUUUCACAUAGACACUAUCGAUCUAGCAUUGUUUGUAUUUUAUGUAGAGUUUAUCAUGUAUUUAUGCCAUAGUGUGAAUGAUUUAUUGGAAAAUGCUACAUUCUGAUUUGAUAUUAAGUAAACUAGUACAAAAUGUCUAGAUGUAUAUAUUUUCAUUUCAUAUAUAAUAUUAAAAAGCAUUGAUUUCUUGGCAGACACCAAAUUCAUGCACGAAGAAAAAAAGAAUACUGAUGCAAAAAAAAUCUCUGGUAAAAAGUCACAGCUGGGCUGGAAAUUAUAAGUGUAAUCUAUCAAUUUUGAAGACAGAGAAUAUGAUUUCAGUACUCUUCGGUGAGGGAGGGGGUAAUAGAUGUUGAAGAUUUGUACAUGAUGUCUUACAUAUAAUGGAUGAACAGGUGAUUUUGUAAUUCCUAACAUUAUUCUAACCUUCAAUUAUAAUGAUUUUACUUGUUAGAACUUUCGGGUUUAAGGCAAAAUGUGAUUUAGUAAGAAUCAUGUUGUAUCAGAUCACAUAAUGUACACUGGGCUUGAAAUUCAUGUCUUUUGAAAUGCACAAAUUAUAAUUACUUGUUGAAAGACUCAUCCUCUGUAAAUAAGUUUGGUAGUCCUCCGACCAAGCUAAUAAUCGAUCCCAAGUACUUGACGUUCUGUUCGGCGGUCGAUUCAUCAAGUUUGCGAUGAAGAUAGAGACUGAACUUUUGGAGGAAGUUAUCUGAUGCAGUCACUUGAAAUUAAAUACAAAGUUAGGACUAGAGUUUUAAUUAUAUUUCUGUGAAAAGUUUUAUUAGAGAAAUAUUAAAUACUUUUCAGAAUUCAAGGUCUAUGAAAA